GAGGCGAUUCACACACCCCAGAUGCCGAGGAAGAACUCUGCUUCGCUCCUUGCGUUAUUCAACUCACCCGCGGCUACUCCUAAGGCUGACAAGGAACCUACGAACCCGCUCUUGGCAGCACUUCAGGGUGCACCUAUUGAGAGCAGGGACAAGCCUGCUGUAGCCCCGACAGUUAGCCCUCCUCUAGCUGCACUGCAAAGGUCUCCUCCGCCUCCAGUCGCAGCACCGGAGACGCCUAAAGAGGUUGCUGCUCUUGAACCCGCUGUCUCUACUACGGCCCCGCCCGGAAAGAAUUCCCUCUUGGCUGCUCUGCAGGGCCCUCCGAAGGCAGUUCCUGAACUUUACAAUCCCCCUAUCUCGGUGAUGCCAGCGAACCCCCUCUUGUCUGCAUUGAUGGGGUCGGGAGUCAAGGCCGCGCCGGAGAUGUCAAGUAUACCAUACCCUUCGUUGAGCACCAGCGGCGCUUCCCUCAUUUCGCUCCUCAACGGUGCACCAUCCCAGAAGCGGGCAGCAGCACCAGCAUCACCUGACACAACAUUGACAGUCAGACGUGAUGCCGUUCCCAUGAAUGGUUCGUCUAAGCCUUCUAAAGCAAGCCUUCUUGGCUUACUACAGACGGGCCCUAGUCCCGUUACCCACGACGUAACCGCACCUUCCGUGCACGCGCCGGCCACACCUGAUGUUAUGGUCCCGGUGUCGCCUAAGCCUUCUGGAAACCCAAUGGAUAUUUUGUCUAUCUUGAACGGUGGCCGUUCUGGUUCAAGCACACCUUUACCUACGCCGCCAAGCAACGUUAGACGCGCGUCGAGCUCUACUCAGAAUGAGGAAAAGCAGAAGAGUCUUCUCGGGCUCUUAUCUAGAAUUGCAGAAGGUGGAAAAAUCUAGUCUAGGAUACUUUCAAUAAAUCCUACUCUCAGUCGAGCUGAGAAGAUAACCAUUCAGAU